UGAUAACCUGCGAGGUCAGGCCCUGCACGCAGAACUCCUCUACACGGGCGCCAUUUCACACGUCUCAUCUGUUUGCCUUGGGGGAUAAGACAACGGCCAUUUUGGUAUAAGACUGACUACCUCGCCGUCCACUCACCGUCCAGUAAAAGACAACCAGUUUGUUACAAAAGUAGACUUUUUGGGGAUUAUUGUUCUUUGUGUACUUCUGUAAUCAGGUGAGACGUCUGUAGACUUAUAGCGAUCGGUGAUGGAGUGUUUGAUGUGUGUUUGAUUUUAACACAAAGUUGUGGGCGUGGUCAAGAGUCUGUGAGGAGAAAUCCGAUUCAUUGGGGGUCAGUUUUGAGUCCCUUUGCCCAGAUAAGGAGCUAUUCGAGAGGUUUAGAAAUGAAAGAGAGAGCGUUUGACCACUGGGCAAACAUGUUAAGUGUGAUCAAACUGCAAUGAAACUAGUUUUGAUGCCAGACAACAAACAUUUAACUCGUAUCUUCGACGUUGUGAUUAUUAAAGGAAACAAUACAUACCGGGGUACAAUCAACUGGGAGUUCAUGAAUUAGUUUCAAUAUAUAUAUAUAUUUUUAACCGCUAUCAUUACAAUGGAAAUAUGAAAUAUUUUAAAUAGUUGCCAGCAGUGCGUUUAUUUCUCUAAGUUUUUUUUUUACGACCGUGCUUAUUUCGACCUAGAUAUCAAUUACAAGUUACAAUCAACAAUAGUAGCCUACUUAUUUAACUUGGGUUGAGUUUUCUGACCAGUCAAACUUCGAAAAAAAAGGGCACAAGCAAAUUAGAAUUUACAAUAGACUUUGAUAAUUGAUAUAUCCGUAACAUUUUUUUUUUUGUCUGUAGGUAGGCAAUGUAAUGUUUUAAAAUAAACCUCAUGGCUUUUACCAUGGCGUGUGUGCUUCAAUCUUCGCUAGUUUGCGUUUGCGAUAGAUAAGUUGUUGUAUACAUGAGACAUGUUGUUGAUGUCCAUGAGACAUGUAGCUAUGUCCUCGAGACAGCAUGAUGUUGAUGUUUUCUUACGGCUUGGCUUAAAGAUUAACGUUGGUAAAAUAAUGCAAAUGGGGUGUGUCCUGAAAAUGACGUCAUGCAUUGAAGAGGAGACGAAGGGCGUGCCAGAACUUUGCACCAAAAUAUUUUGUCCCGAAGAAGUUGUGUGUCUGAGGGGGGAAAAAACAAACAAAAACAAACAAAAACAAACAAAAACAAACAAAAACAAACAACAACAAAAACCAAAAAAGGGAGGGGGGGGGGUUGUGGUUAAAAAUUGAAGCACUCCCAUUUUAUUUUAAGUAGGCACUGAAAAUUGUUCAUUUGCUAUAUCUGUAGGCGCGAACUAAAAAAAAAAAAAAAAAAAAAAAAAAAAAAAAAAAAAAAACAAAAAAAAAAAAAAAAAAAAAGGAAAAGGGGGGGGGGGGGGGGGUUGUGGUUAAAAAUUGAAGCACUCCCAUUUUAUUUUAAGUAGGCACUGAAAAUUGUUCAUUUGCUAUAUCUGUAGGCGCGAACCUUUCUAUGAGGACAAUUAAAAAUGCUGUUAUUGUCAGUUGUUGAAAAUUUUCUUUACGGUUUUGUCCUACUGAUACUGAGGUUUAGUUGAUAUUGUGCUUUUGUGGCUAGGAUUGCAAUAGAUCUAAAUCCAUAGCACUCAAGAAAUUUUUUUUUUUUUUUUUUAAAGUGAUGAAAAGUUUUCAGGUUAGAGGUUAUGAAAUUAUGAUUGAAAAAAAAAAAAUUCAAAAAAAUAAAACAACAAAUAAAAAUUUUAUAAUACGCCUAGCGUUUUUCUUUUACUAUGGGAAAUUCGGUUUGUUUGUUUUUUUAAUAAUACGAAUUUUACUUUUUCCCUGUGCCCAGUGAACAUGUCCAGCACACGAACAAAGAAGAAGCAACGGACCAGGACGCAGAGAUACACGUCCAAUGUCUUCGCUAUGUUCAACCAGGCACAGAUACAGGAGUUCAAGGUGUCAUGGCUAUUGCCUCAUUUUAUAGUCGAAUUUACUUUAAGCAUUCGCCCCCACCCACCCACACCCUUUUUUUUUCAAAACAGUUUUGCAUUAAAAUAAAUAAUUGUUGUAUGAAAAUAAAAUAUGUACAUUUUUGGAAACGGCUCAUUUCCAAUUUAACCUAAUAAAUCGUUCUUCGGAUGUGGCUGCUUGAGUGGACAAGAAACGUAUUCUCAAACUUAUUCCUAUUUAGGAUACGUCAUCAUCAUACGUUGCUACUACUGAAAGAAGCUUGUACAGCAAUACCGUCUUAAGGCAUGUCCCCACUCUUUUAGAGGCAUCAUGCUUUACAUAUUGUUUAUGAAUGUUGAAAAAUUUUGCCCAUUCAAUUUUAUUUAAAAGUCAGUGGACAGAAAGUUUCCGAAUUUUUAACUACGAAAAUAUCGGAACAAUCAAGAAUUAAUAUUAUAAAUGCGAAUCACAAGUUGGAUAAGAUACUUAUUAAAGGGAAAUAACUCUCGUCAACACAUUUUACACCUCUCCCAUAUUCAGAUAUGAAUCGAAAACGAAAAAAAUAAUUUGUGUUAACAAUCAUGAUGGAAUCUUAGACAAAGUCUAAGAUGUUAGUCCCGGGCGGUAAUAAUCCUAGCUAAGCCACUGCUCACGCAGUGAAAUUAGUGGGGGAAAGCAGUGACGUCUUAAGGUAUGGGCGCACUGGCCCAGGGUCUCACGCCUCAAGGACUUAGAGGUCUUGUGCUUGAGGGACCUUCACAACUCUAACUCUUGGCUCUUGGUUGGUAGGGAACCGUACGCGUACAGGGUGCCUCACUCUUCUAGGGCUAGGGGCAUUAUGUUGCCAAUAUUAUUACUAAAUAUUUGAGGCAAUUUAUUUUACUUUUAAAGCGGCAAGACCGUUGCCGUUUCUCCAGUUUAUUUAAACACGUUUUUUUCGAUUUUAACAAUUAAUUCAAUGAUUUGGUACUAGCUUUAGAAACAUUUUCCUUUAAUAAAUAAAAAUUAUCAAUUUGAAAAAAACAACAAAAAAGCAUUAUUUUUUUUGGUAUGGGGUUGAGGGAGGAGUAAAUUAUAGAGUCUUACAAAAGGCAACAAAUGUUCUUUAUUUAGUAAUUUAAAUUAAGAAAUUUAUUGAAUUGUAGUUAUAAAUUCCAAAUAUACUUUUUAAGGUACUGCAUUUGUUUGGAAAUUCAUGCUGUCUCAUUUCCCUCAUAUAAAUCAGAUAAUAAAUAUGUUAUAUAAAGUCUACCAUUUAGAUACAAUUCAUUUGAAAAUGACAAGUUUUAAAUAGCCAUGCCAUACCAAAUCUGUAGCCCUUUCUGCAUAGUUUUCUUAUUUUUUGUAGCUGUAAAUUUUGGGAAAAACUACUUACAUUUUGAAUUAAAUACAAAAUGAUAAUUAUUAUAAUGACAUACUAAUAGAUUUUUUGUUGUUUUUUGAAUUAACAAUCAACUGUUUCGAACGGAUUUUUAAAAUUUAUAUUCAUUCAUUGAUGAAUUAGUUAAAACAAAUUAACAGUUUCAAGGAAAAUUCUGAAACACCAAUACUAUUUAGAUGCAGCUCAAAAUAAAAAGAACUUAUAUAACCAAUGCAUGGUCAAGGGAACCUAAAUUUCAACUAGCAUCUUUUCUGUUUAAGUGUAGAAUUAUGCAAAACUAAAUUACUGGUAAUGCAUGUGCCAAAAUGCAGCCUAUCAUUUUGAAUUUAUCAAAAAUUUCUGGGGAGGAGCUUACCGAGACCUCUCUUCAAUUCUUACCCCCAGUUUCGUUUGACGCCCUCAAUCUCUGCUCCCUCCUGUAUUAAAGUGACAGCACUGACAAAUUUUAAUCUAAAAAACAAAACCUAAACCAUAAUGCUUUUCAUAACAUUACUUGAAUAGUAAUAGUAGGCUAUAGACAGCCGUUCCUAGAAAAGCGGUGCACAGGGCGCACUAGUAAGAUGAUUUUGCCACCCCUGUAUAUGUGAGGUACAUGGGAUUUUAUUGUUAAAUUAAGGGCCUAUCUUAAGACAAUUUUGCCCCCAGGGUUAUUGCCACCCCCCCCCCCAUUCGCAUGGCCCUGAGUAUGUAGAGGGUUAGGGGCCUUAGUGCAUUACUGUGCCCAAGGCCUCCACUGCUGUAAAGACAGCUUUUUGCCCCCCCUGUAUUUGUGAGGUACAUGGGGUUUUUUUGUUAAAUUAAGGGCCUUUCUUAAAACAAUUUUGCCACCAGGGUUAUUGCCACCCCCCCCCCCCCAUUCGCAUGGCCCUGAGUAUGUAGAGGGUUAGGGGCCUUAGUGCAUUACUGUGCCCAAGGCCUCCACUGCUGUAAAGACAGCCCUGUUAUACAGCACUGUUUUGGGUAAUAUUGGCGCUUAGUACAUUCUUGCUCUCAAGGGGCAAAAUAUUUUCCCAUUUUCUUUAUUCCCCCAAAAUUUGUUUCCCAUCUUCCCCACACACUUUGAAUGCAACACCCCCAAACAUAAGUUAUACGAUGUGAGUAAUUUAUAGAAUUCAUCUUAACUUUUCCACUUUCCAACUGAUUCUCCAGGAAGCCUUCAAUAUGAUAGAUCAAAACCGUGAUGGCUAUGUCGACAAGGAGGAUCUAUUUGAGAUGUUUACCUCCCUUGGCAAGAACCCAACAGACGAGGACCUGGACAUUAUGAUCAACAUGGCGCCUGGACCAAUCAACUUCACCAUGUUUCUGACCUUGUUUGGGGAGAAACUUAACGGAACAGAUCCGGAGGAAGUUAUCAAAAAUGCCUUCGCCUGUUUUGACGACCGAAAUAUAGGUAGGAACCUAUGGUGUUGAUUUUUUUUUUGUUUGUUUCCCCCCCCCCCCCCCCCCCCCCCAAUUUUUUAAUGUUAUUAUAUUAAGUGAGCAAUUAUCUUUUAAGGCUGUAACCAUUUAAAUCAGGCCUGCACAACUCAAAAUGUAAGGCAGGCCGUAAUUCUUUAUGAAAACCUUGUGCGGGCCAAAAGAUAAUAGGAUAGGUCUUGUGCGGGCCAAAGAAAAUAGGACAGGGGGAAAGCUGUUAAGAAAAUAAUAUAGAAUUACGAAUAUUUCGUUAUGUACGGUAGUGGGCCACAUGCGGCCUGCAGGCCUGAUUUAAAGUAUUUUACUUAACUGAUAAAUAUGAAUGAUGACUUUACUUAAAUGAAAUAAGGUACUCCUUGUCAAGUCCUUAGAUUUACAAUGAGCAAAUAAACUUAUUCAGCUGGGCCCUAGUAAUAUUUAUGUACAUGUUAUGACAUCCUGCUUAGGACGUAUCCCCACUCCCGCAAUGAUUAGAUUUUUUAAAAUGACUUUUAGUGCCGCUCCCUAUGAUGGUCACCAUUUCAGACUCACUCCUAACGCAGCCCUAGAGUCAUCCUUCCUUAUAUGGGCCAUCAAUAAGUCAGCAAAAUAGCAUAUCGGUAUUCAUUUAUUGAUGGCCACAUAAUAUAUAUUUUUUAAAAACAACAUGCGAUGACAAUUGAGUAUUACACGCUUUUAUAUAGUUUGCGAUAUUGUCUGGGUAAAAUCUUGCUUCUCAACUUUGACCCCCUUCCAGAUAUCCAAAAUAAGUGAACCUUUGUACACUUUCCCACCCCCUAUGACAAUACAAACCCUCAUGGUCAAUAGGUCAUCAGUGACCUCCACUGACCCGUUGAGCGACCUCUGCUGGUCAAAUUUAACAUAUCAAUUUUGACCCACUUCCUUUAUGUCCAACUGAGCUGAAACUUUGUACACUGUGACUAAAAAGUACAAAAUAAAUGUGUAUUUAAAAAAUACUUUAAACAAAACACGCUUUUUAUUUGUUUCCGUUUGUUAUUUUUUGUGUGGCCAAAUCUUGCAUCUCCAUUUUUACCCAAUUCCUGAUCUCCAAUUGAGCUGAAACAAAAAACAUUGGGUUCAUAGACACCCCCUUGCUUUUUAGUACAUUUUUGAAAAAUGCAUUUUUUUUGGUAUUUUUUUAGAUUGCCUUCUUUUUUCAAUGAAGUGAUUAUUUUUUUAAUUCCAAUGUUAGGAUUCAUUCCUGAAGACUACCUCCGCGAAUGUCUGAUGACGAUGGGUGACCGCUGGUCAGAGGAAAUGGUGGAUGAACUUCUGCAUGGGGCACCCAUUCAAGAAGGGAAAUUUGACUACCUCGAGUUCACCCGAACACUGAAACACGGCGCCAGGGAAAAAGAUGAGGUUCCAGGGGAUGGCCUGGAAGGUGACAAUCAAAGGGUCACAUCUGAAGGUUAACAUAAAGAUUGUUAUUUAACAUUCACUGUAACUUUUAUUGUCAGUCAUUUCUACACCUUGUUACCAUGUUUGAUCAGAUACAACAGUUAAGACUUGAUAAAGCAAACUUAACUCAGAACAAUGAGUUGUUAACAUGAAAAUGUAUUUUUUUAUUUUAAAAAUUGUAUUUCAUUAGCUUUUUUUUUUUUUUACACGUUUUUUAAUAUUAAUUAUUAGCCUUAUAGUUUAAACAUUUUGUGUUUUUUCAUGUAAUGAAAUGGUAGGAGUGGAAGGAUUAUUUUGGAUGGCCACUAAAACUGCAACCCAGGCAAAACCCGAUAAUGCACACACAAUGGCCCCCCCCCCCCCACACUAUUCACCUAAUUUGCACAGCCCUAAUUAGAAUAAUCAAUUCAUAUCAUCAUUCUCAAAAAAAAAUAAUAACUUAUGCUAAAUAUAGUAUAGGUUUAACAUAUAAAUCCUAAAGAUUAUACAUCAGAAAUGCUAGGAUGUUUAUUUAGUAUUACAGUGGAACCUCUCAUAAUGAGCAUAAUUCGUUCCAGAAUCUUGCUCGUUAAGCGAAACACUCGUUAAACGAAACAAUUUUUCCUAUACCGGUACAAAUCAAUGUAAAAUACGAUAAUUUGUUCCAUGCUGAAAAAAUACUAAUUUUUCAAAAAAUUUUAUUAACAUUUUUUCAAAUAAAAUUACUUAUGAAUUGUUAAGGAGUGUAACUACUUGGAAUACAAUUUAGAUUUGAAACAAAAAACGUAAAUAAAAAUAUGAAUUUAUGACAAAUAAUUAAUCCUUUUUAACUAGAAAACUGUCUAAAGACAUUUGUUUUUGCCGACGCUUCAAAUUUUGACUAAAAUGUGUCACAGCAUUAUCAUUGAAUAAAUUUGUAGCCACGUCCUUACUAGGGUGAUGCUUCUCAAUGUACGAUGCAACAGUUUCCCAUGCUUUCAGCAUUUCUCUUAUUGCGCUAGAAGAUUGUUGCUCUGCUACUUCCUCCUCCAUUAAUGAGCUCUCCUCUAUAAUUUCUUGCUGUCAAACAUGAUGCAACUCCAUAGGCUCUUCGGUGGUCAACUCUUGACUGUGCUCUUUCACAAGCUCUUCAAUAUCGUUGUUGUCCACCUCAAGUCCCAUGAUAUUGGCCAAUGAAACAAUCUCGUUAACUGUAGACUCCACAGGUACUGUUUCAAAGUCACAUUCAACAACACUCUCUGGCCAGUUUUUUCCAAGCAGAAGUGAGGGAAAAAGGGACUUCCCCUUUCUGCGUAACUCAUUAUGCGAAAUGUCGCUCGUUAAGAGAGCAAUUUCUUCACAUUUUUUUUGCUCAUUAUGCGAAUUAGUCAUUAUGAGAGGUACUCAUUAUGAGAGGUUUCACUGUAUUCAUUUAGAUAUCCAGCAGUUUUAAUGUAUGAAUUUAACUUUUUUUUUUCUUCUUCUUUUAUCUUAGUUAGAGAUUAUAUCAAAUGGUUUUACUUCUUUUUAAUUACAAAAAAAAAAAAAGGAAUCAGAGUUGGCAUUUCUUUCACUUUAAAUGAAUAUGUACAGAAAUAGUGCAGCUGUCGGGAGGUCAUCGGGAGUUGUAGUCAAUGUUACUUUCAAGAACAGAAUUUAAGAAAUGUCUGUAGUCACUUGUGACCCUUAUUUCAAUGUUAAUAUUAAUAAAUAAAUCAUGACAUUACUGUUGACCAGUCUCUACAAGGGUUCUUAGUAUCUGCCCAUGUCACUUCAGAAUUACUUAAAUGUCUACCAUGUUUCAUACAGAACUGCAAAAAAUAAAUUGUUGACAAGAUACUUUCUUAGUGGGUUGUUGUUGUUUUUUUUUAAUCAACCUCAAAUUGUACUAUAUUUGUACUGUAAUGUUCAAGCGCAAGAAAUAUCUGAACAAUAAUUUUGUUCAUAACAUUAACACAAAAUAUUAAAAAUGUUAAAGG